CGUUGAGUGAGAUUGGUGUAACUGCAAAAGGGCCGCGCAUGCUCAUAUUGUCAGUUAUCGAACAGCUCAAACUACUAAAGCCUGAUCACAAUGAAGGUGCUGGGCGCAGUACUUCACCAACUCCGCAAGAGAAAUUGAAGAGUUUAUUGAUCGCAGAUGAACGGUUUCGUCUGAUUGUCUACGAUAAAUUAGACAAAGAGAUUUUACCAAAUGACAGCGAAAUACGAUGGAUAGUUCGUAUAUUAUGUGCGCCAUUCGAGAAAUCGAUACUUGAUGGAAAAGGUUAUCCGACUUCUAAUGAGCAAUGGAUACUGGCAAAAACAAUAGUACAAACUUUUCCGAAAUUGAAGGAAACUAAAGUUAAUGAUCUAGAACCUGAGGAAGUGAGUUGA